UGUAAUCAUCAUCCAAUAAUAAGAUGAAAAUUACUCAUAUACUUUUCCUUUUCAUUGUUUUCUCAUUCACUGUUUCGUAUGCUUCUAUCAGUGAUUUUUGUGUUGCGGAUUUAAAGGCUCCAAACACUCCUUCAGGCUAUGCCUGCAAACCACUUACAAGCGUCACAUCAGAUGAUUUUAGCUUUCAUGGCCUCGUAGCUGGAAACACCAACAACUCUUUCAAAAUUGGAGUCGCUACUGCAACUGUCACCAAUUUUCCAGCCCUUAAUGGACUUGGAAUCUCUGCGUUGCGGAUAGACCUAGACCAAGGCGGGUUAGCUCCUAUGCAUACUCAUCCUGAUGCAACUGAAUUAUUGUCAGUAGUUAAAGGUGAAAUUACAGCUGGAUUUUUGACACCUACUUCAUUUUAUUCCAAAGUUUUGAAACCGGGUGAUGUUUUUGUUUUUCCACAAGGAAUGUUGCAUUUUGCGGUUAAUUCUGGUAAGGGAAAAGCUACUGCUUUUGGUGCUUUUAGUAGCGAAAAUCCUACUACUCAUAUACUUGAUGUUCUUUUGUUUGGCAAUAAAUUGCCUUCUGGUUUAGUUUCACAAACUACUUUGCUAGAUCUCUCUCAAGUGAAGAAGUUGAAGGCUAAAUUUGAUGGAAGUUGGUAGGAAUAUAAGGAUUUUUUAUGUUCUAGCUAUACCAAAUAUUAAGAUACAAUGAUUUAGUAAGUUACUUAUAAUAAUUAAAAAUAUAAUACAUCUCUCUCUUUUUAUAUAAAAUAUGUUCUGUACAACUAUUUAUUUUGCGGUAUUGA